GCGAGUCCACGGGGCGGCUGGCGCCCGCGCCGCGAGUGAGUGGUCCAGCCCGGCCCCGGCUCAUUGUGCUCGCCUCACGCCGGCCCGAGUUGGCGGCAGCGCUGGAGGCCCCGGGCCUGUGAGCACAAAGAGGGAGCCGGGGGCUGGACGGGAGCGCGGCGGCGGCGGCGGCGGCGGCUGAGGCCCAGGCCAGGCCCCCUCCCCUCAGCCUCCCGCCCGCCCCGACCCCGCCGGCGGCGCCCCGCUCCUCCCCCAACCGCCAGACUAAUGUGGUGCGGGGGGCGCGCGCGAAGACAUGGGGGAGAAGUUGGAGCUGAGGCUGCCGUCUACCCGUGGCCGCUGCCGGUCUACGAGGAAAAGAGACGUAGAGUUACAUCCAGAGAACGAGUUGCUGGACCGCUCCCUGCAGAAGAACCGGGAAGAGUAAGACCAGGAACACACGUGGAAGAAGAAGAAAGAGAUGAUAAAGCCUGGUCACCUCCAGCUGUUUGCAUUUCAGGAAGCAGAUAGCAGGCAGAUAACACCAAGGCAAAUGAACCCAAUUCCUGGUCCGCCGGACCCAAUUACCGGACUGCCUGACGCCAGCGAUGCCGGUUUUGAAAUAAGGCAAGAAGAAGAAGAAUGCAGGACUUUUACCGCUUUGCUCCUUAUUAUGACUCCCUGGACUGCGGUGGCCACCCGAGGGGCGGGGACGCCAGCCGGGGCCUCCAGGCGUGUGUGGGCAUCUUGUCUGCAGCCAGCGUCCCCGAGGCCGCGCUCGGCCCAUAAUCACUCAGUGAAGCUGUGCCGGGACAGCGCGGCCGACUUUUUCUGGCACUGUGAGGACCUGUGCGCAUUGCAGGAUUCGGUGCCUCUGCCCGCCGUGUGCGCCUCCCUGCGGGAGGGCCUGCUGGACUUCAACGCCGACCGCCUCCGCAGGGUGGACUGGGCGCCGCCCCUGAGCACUCUCUGCCCCCGAUCUGUAUCCAGAGCUUCUUCCAGCCACGGCUUGGCGAGACGGGAUCUGGGAUUCUCACCAUGUGUUAUCUCUUCUGCAAGAACAGUUCAACUCAUCCCCUGGUGAAGAGAAGUCAGAUUAUUCUUUGCAUCCCAUUCAGGUUCUGACAGAAAUAAAGUUUCCAGAAGUUGUGUUCCUGCAAUAAGAAAUAAAGAUGUGACCUUCCA